AUGGCGAAUCUUACCGACCUUAACCUGUCUUUCAGCGAGAUUGAAGAGCUCUGGGAGGGUGUUAAGGAUACACCGAAGUUAAAGUGGGUUGAUCUUAGCCACUCAAGCAAGUUAUGCAAUCUGACAGGGUUGCUAAAUGCUGAAAGCCUCCAGAGAUUGAAUCUCGAAGGGUGCACGAGUUUGGAGGAGUUGCCUCGUGAAAUGAAACGUAUGAAAUGUCUUGUUUUCCUCAACAUGAGAGGAUGCACGAGUCUCCGGGUUCUUCCGCAUAUGAAUCUGAUCUCUAUGAAAACUCUCAUCCUCACCAACUGCUCAAGCCUUCAGACAUUCCGGGUGGUUUCGGAUAAUCUAGAGACCCUACACUUGGAUGGAUCUGCAAUUGGUCAACUUCCUACAAACAUGUGGAAGCUCCAGAGACUGAUUGUAUUGAACUUGAAAGACUGCAAAAUGUUGGCAGAACUUCCAGAAUGCCUGGGGAAGCUGAAAGCUCUGCAAGAACUGGUGCUAUCUGGUUGUUCAAAGCUCAAGACUUUUCCAAUUCGCAUUGAAAACAUGAAAUCAUUGCAGCUUUUAUUGCUUGAUGGGACAUCAAUUACAGACAUGCCGAAGAUAUUGCAGUUGAAUAGCUCAAAAGUGGAAGACUGGCCUGAACUAAGACGUGGUAUGAACGGCAUAUCCUCAUUGCAGCGUCUAUGCUUAAGCGGGAAUGAUAUAAUCACCAACUUGCGAAUCGACAUCAGUCUCUUAUGUCAUCUGAAACUGCUUGACCUGAAAUUCUGCAAGAAUCUCACUUCAAUUCCACUGCUUCCACCAAACCUAGAGAUCUUAGAUGCACAUGGCUGCGACAAGUUGAAGACAGUCAUGUCCCCCAUGGCCAUUCUUAAGCAUAUGGAGAAGGUUCACUCUAAGUUCAUUUUCACCAACUGCAACAGUCUUGAACAAGCUUCAAAGGAUAGCAUCACAACGUAUGCUCAAAAGAAAAGCCAGCUAGAUGCGCUUAGAUGUUAUAAAGAGGGACAUGCUUCAGAAGCUUUAUUCAUUACUUCCUUUCCAGGGAGUGAAGUACCUUCAUGGUUUGACCAUCGCAUGAUUGGAUCAACGUUAAAGCUGAAGUUUCCGCCACAUUGGUGUGACAACAGACUUUCAACAAUAGUUCUAUGCGCUGUUGUUGCAUUCCAAAAUGAGAUCAACAGUUUCUCAAUAGAAUGCACUUGUGAGUUCAAAAACGAACUUGGAACAUGUACACGUUUCAGCAGCAUUCUUGGUGGAGGUUGGAUUGAACCACGCAAGAUUGAUUCAGACCAUGUGUUUAUCGGUUACACCAGUUCCUCCCACAUAAUAAAUCAUGUAGAAGGUUCGCCAGAACAUCAAAAAUGUGUUCCUACCGAGGCGUCAAUAAAAUUCAAAGUGAUAGAUGGAGCAGGUGAGAUUGUGAAUUGUGGUUUAAGUUUGGUGUACGAGGAACCAAACCAUGUUGUUGUCGAAGGAGAUUGUAGUGGAACUUCCUCGGGAAGAGGUUUAUCAGUUGUAGAGAGUACAAUGAGCUUUGCUACUCGGUUCCUCUCUGUUAUUUUGAGGUAUUUGUGGCUAGGUGUUGUGUUCUUUUCGGUUUUUGGGUUUGCUAGAUUUUAUUUUCACUAGAUAAGUUGUAUUUUUGGGGUCACCACUCAAUGACUAGUUUCUGUUUUGUAUAUGUAACAUAAAAAUUAUAUUUUUGAAAUUAUUUAAUUUUAAUUUACAAC